CUCUCCCUAGCUCUCCCCUGUUGUCUUUGGCGGAGGAGAACCAACUGAGCGACCGGACCACUGUGCAAUUUUAAUGGUUCAUCUCUGCAUCCGUCAAAGAGAGCCCUCGGUGGUUAGAUUGAUUGGAUAUACCAGCUGUCUGACAAGCGGACGUACGUAAAACACAGCGCGGCUGUGGCUUAUUGAGUCUGCGCUAACAGAAAAAGAGGAGGUUCCCGAAUAGAGUCCUUUAUUUAUUUCUUUGUUUCCAGUGGGGAAAAAUAAUAACAGCGACAUAUACCACAGGCACUUCAUUUAUUAUCUGUGUCCGAAUACUCAAGAAAACUGGAUAAGAUUACAGUGGUUACUCGAAGGCCAAAGCCAAGGGGAGGAGGAUGAAGCGGCGCAAUGCGGACUGCAGCAAACUCCGACGGCCGUUAAAACGGAACCGAAUCACUGAGGGUAUAUACGGCAGUACCUUCCUGUACCUGAAGUUCCUGGUGGUUUGGGCCCUAGUGCUGCUGGCAGACUUUGUAUUGGAGUUCAGGUUUGAGUACCUCUGGCCGUUCUGGCUCUUCAUCCGGAGUGUGUACGACUCCUUUAGAUACCAGGGGCUGGCCUUCUCAGUAUUCUUUGUGUGUGUGGCGUUUACCUCGGACAUCAUUUGCCUCCUAUUCAUCCCAGUGCAAUGGCUAUUCUUCGCUGCCAGUACCUAUGUGUGGGUGCAGUAUGUUUGGCACACAGAGAGAGGUGUCUGUCUGCCCACAGUGUCUCUAUGGAUACUCUUCGUGUACAUCGAGGCAGCCAUCAGAUUCAAAGACCUGAAGAACUUCCACGUGGACCUGUGUCGUCCCUUUGCUGCACACUGCAUUGGCUACCCAGUGGUCACGCUGGGCUUCGGCUUCAAGAGCUACGUAAGCUAUAAGAUGCGCCUUCGGAAGCAGAAGGAGGUGCAGAAGGAGAACGAGUUUUACAUGCAGCUCCUGCAGCAGGCUCUGCCUCCGGAGCAACAGAUGCUCCAGAGGCAAGAGCGAGAAGCAGAAGAAGCAGCAGCAGCAGCUAAAGGAAUAUCUGAAGUGGAGACGCCUCCAGUGUCACAGAAUGGCGCUCCAGCCAAUAAAAAGACAUUGGCACCUCUGCCAGAAUUAGAGUUUAGAGAAAAAGGAAAAGAGGGAAAGGGCGAUGCUAAAAAGCAGCACAACAGCAUCCUGCCAUCAUCAGUGGACUCUAAGCUCCAAGAGAUGGAGUAUAUGGAGAACCAUAUGAACAACAAGAGACUGACCACAGAGCUGGGCAGCACAGAAAACCUGUUGCUUAAAGAGGACAACAAUUCCUCUUGCUCCUCCUCAUCCUCAUCCUCCUCCAAAAACUACAAAAAUGCUAGCAGCAAUGCCGCAACGCUCAACUCCUCCCCCCGCGGUCACAGUGCUACCAACGGCAGCGUGCCCUCUGCACCAUCAUCUUCCUCUUCCACGGGGAAGAACGAAAAGAAGCACAAGUUAACAGUGGGGAAGGGGACGUCGGGGGGCUCGCACAGGGAUCCCACAGACAACUGCAUCCCCAACAACCAGCUGAGCAAGCCAGAAGCACUUGUUAGAUUGGAGCAGGAUGUAAAGAAGUUGAAGGCAGACCUGCAGGCGAGCCGGCAGGUGGAGCAGGACCUGCGCAGCCAGAUCGGCUCGCUGGGCAGCGCCGAGCGCUCCAUACGCACAGAGCUAGGCCAACUGCGCCAGGAGAACGAGCUGCUGCAGAACAAGCUCCAUAAUGCUGUGCAGUCAAAACAAAAGGACAAACAGUCAGUGGGCCAACUGGAGAAGAGGCUCAAAGCAGAACAGGAAGCUCGAGCCGCGGCAGAGAAACAGCUCGCAGACGAAAAGAAGCGAAAGAAGUUAGAGGAGGCCACAGCAGCCAGAGCAGUAGCACUAGCAGCAGCGUCCAGAGGGGAGUGCACAGACACGCUGAGGCGGCGAAUCAAUGAAUUAGAAACAGAGUGUAAAAAGUUAUCAAUGGACAUCAAGCUAAAGGAAGACCAGAUAAGAGAGCUUGAAUUGAAAGUUCAGGAGCUCCAUAAAUAUAAGGAGAAUGAAAAAGACACAGAGGUGCUGAUGUCGGCGCUGUCAGCCAUGCAAGACAAGACGCAGCACCUGGAAAACAGUCUGAGCGCAGAGACCAGGAUCAAACUGGACCUUUUCUCUGCGCUGGGAGACGCCAAGAGGCAGCUGGAGAUCGCACAAGGUCAGAUCCUGCAGAAGGACCAGGAAAUAAAAGAUCUGAAACAGAAGAUAGCCGAAGUGAUGGCCGUCAUGCCCAGCAUCUCCUACUCAGCCGACACCAGCAGCAUGACCCCCGUGGCCCCCCAUUACUCCUCCAAGUUCAUGGACACCAAUCCCUCCGGCCUGGACCCCAACGCCUCCGUUUACCAGCCACUCAAAAAGUGAACGCUUCGCCCCGCGCCCUCUCCUGCCUCCGUCAACUUUUAUUUUUCCUGCAGGCCCACCACCUUCCAAUCUGCUCGGCAUGUCUGCGGCUGAGAACAUGGUUUUUCUGUUUUUUUUUUUCCCUCGCCAGGUCAAAAGGAUGUUGUAUCGUGUGACUGUAUUUGUUGUAGUUAAAACAAAAGACACAAACACUUAAAACGGACAUCACAUGUCAACAAGAAGUAAUUUUUUUCUCUCUCUUAAAUGUCUAGUGAAACCUCACAGAAUCGAGUUUGUAUCUUCAUCUCAAGGAGGGGUUUGCUCUCCUUUUCCCAGCACCACUGCUCUUUGGUCCGGGGGGAAUGGCUGCUUUAUUAUUUUAGGUUGAUUCUUACCUCCUAAAACUUGGAGUUCUCCUAUCAUACAGUCAUACAGCCUGACUAGUAUCUCAAUUUCUUUGUCAGAUUAUUUUUUUCUCCCAUGGCAAUAUGGUAACAUCUGUACUACCAGAGGAAUGUAGUGCAAAGUUGGCACAGACUCUCAGCCCUGUUAUGUUUUUAAUUAAUUUUUUUAAGGCACCAAAAUGGACCCUGCUCUCGGCUGCUUUUGGGGGUAAAUCGUUUUUAAAGUGUAUUGUGUGGUUCUAUUGGUUCACUCUUUUAGAUUUCAAGUGUUGAUUGCAAUACGUUGGAAAACAUCUUGUGUUAAUGGCAGAAACCUCCAAAUUCAAUGAACCCAAGGAGCAAGUGAUGUUCAGAAAAAAUCAGUUUUGUGUCUCCCCCCCGCCCCCGAGACAGAUUGGCUUGUAUACAUACAAGUGUACUGGCUUUUCUGCACUCUCCUUCAUCCGUUUUUAUGAUCAGUGCCUUGAGUUGAGGACAGUUUGAGGAUGAGAUACAGCCUAACACAUUAUGAAUUAUUCGUAAAGCAUCUGGCUUGGAUGGAAGAAUUUGACCUAGCCUUGUGAAGUGGGACAAAGUUGCCUUUAGACUAUGAUUUGGCUUUUGGACAUUGUAUUAAUAAGAGGGCAGCUUCUGUAAGUCUCAUUUACCAGAUAGAUUGGACCACAACAAAUUCAUUGUACUUCUAUUUGCCUAUCAGUACGUCCACUGCUUACUGGUCUCUGGCUCGUCACAUUUCCGUUCACAGAAGCUCAUCUCCACUGGUGUGAAACCCCCCCAAAUCCUUCGCUUUAGCGGCUGCGCCCCUCUGUUCUUUAUUAUUUCCAAUUUAAAGUUGCACUGUAGAAAAAAACAUACGAAAGGGAAAAACUCUAAAGAUGGACUGUGCAAUGUAAACAAAGCUUUGGAAAUGCCAAUGUUACGAUAGCAGUUUAAGUAAUUUUAUUUAAUGAAUCCUCCACUUCAGUUUGUGUGCCAAGACUGGGAAUGCUCAUUUCUCUAGUAAUGUGUUCAAGAAUGUACCGCAAAUACAUUGGCCGACGUGUUUGUCAAUUAUCCAGUUUAAAUAUCACUUAAUGGAAGUUUCUGUUAAGCAGGUAAGCAGAAAGUGGUCACCUGUUUGUAGUAGUGUGUAGUUUAAAAGUAAGGGACUAGGAAGUCACAUUUCUUUUUGUGAAUGUUACAGUAUUUGCAACUGUUGGGGAAGUAGCUGUUUUUAAGAGCAGCUAUCCUUACUCCUGUUUCUGGUAUUAUUGUUAUUUUCCUGCAGGGAGAAGAAUUGCUUGAGUCUGAUGUGGUUUCGCCAUCAUCUGAAAUGGUCAUUGUUGUGCGUGUGGUUUUUCACCUUCUGUAUAAGGAGACGCUUUUUUUUUCUCGCCCAGAUCGCUGUCAUUGACUCCUGGAAAAAAUGUUUUUGGGGAAAAAUACAAUUGAGUCAGUUGUUCGGUCAACUGAUUGUUUGGAAGUAUAGAGAACUGUUUUGUUUGUUUUUGUUUUCUAUGCCCACAGUCACUGCUCUGUUUCUGCCCAGGUCUGACCUUGGCUGUGCUCUCGCUCUGUGAGGUUUACAAGGAAUAAACAUUCUUUUCUUGCAAA